AUGACGGCGUUGACGAUGUGUAGGGACAGCCCGGACGACAUCAAGGAGGCGGUCCUGAAGGCGGCGUUCAACAUCAACUUGACGGUCUACCUGCCACAAGGACCCCUAGACGCCCAAGGCCGACACCGUGUAGAUGAGCGCGAACACGGAGGUGUUGUUGACCAAAACGGCCAGCUGCGCACGCACCUGGUCACGGUCAUCAACAUGUGCAACAUCACGUUCACGGUCUGCACUCUCUGUCUGUACUCGCUCGAGUUAAUCGACUCGUGCCCGCGCAACAACAUGUGCAUGUCCAUCACUGAGACGAUCCGCGGCAUCGCGGCCAAGCACGAGCCGUCGUACGAGUUGAAGAUCCUGGUCGUGCCCAUCUUGUGCGAUGUGUGCCUGGUGAGCGAGCCGGAGUUGUGCGCGGACACGUCCCUGACCAACGCCAUGCAGAUGUUGAGGGCGUCGAAGAUCGUGAACUUCAUGAACAGGAGGAGGUCGCUGGACAUCACCGUGAAGGUGCCCGUGAACGGGAGGCCGUACAGGGGCAUGCGGAUCGACAGGAAGAACACCGUGGCCUUCUUCAAGAGCAUGGACGAGACCACGGACUGUGUCUGGUGGAUGAAGGCGGCGGUGGACGCGUAG